AUGUUUUACCAGGGAUACAGCCAUCCACCAAUACCCAGUUCCAUGCUAGACAGGGAUAGGGUUCUUGACAAAGAGUCGUUUCUUGCUGGUGGAUAUGUUGUUUCGUUCAACAAGAAAUCAACAAAAUGGAGAACUCCAGAAAAGGCUGCUGUACGCACUCCUCGGGAAGAGUAUGUAAGCCCCCAGAAUGGACAGCUUAUCGGAACGCACCACCCGGCGCUGGCCAAUCAACCCUACGUGUCCGUGAAAAGGGACUCAUUUGGAAGAGAGUUGCACAUUGUACCCAGAUUCCUCGCCCCAAAGGUAGCUGUUGGCAUCCGCAUCCUGAUCUCAGGGUUUGCACUUCUGGUCUACCGUAACGUGCAUGAUAUCGUCCAUGAGGUGAUUGCGGACUGGGACCGUGGGAUUCCAAAGUCACUUGGAGGACUGACUGUCGAAUACAUGAUCAAAAAGCUCAAUCCGUCAGUUGCUAACAAGCAGAGUGCCGGCUACUAUCUUGCAGCUCUCACACACGUGGCAAUGGAUGCUGAGAAGUCUCUCGCACGUUUCCAGUUGCCUGAGGAGUUCAGUGCACUAUUGGACAAUGUAGCCAACGCAUGGGCACCAUACAAAGACGCUCUAGAUGGAGAACCUGUGGUUACAGUCUCCAUCGAAACCGACUACGCACUAAAGAAGGUGCAAGAAGCCGCCGUCGAAGGAGUGAAAUAUCAUUGA